UGUCCAUUGAGUUCAUGGACCGACUGUCUACCAAAAUGACCAUACUAGCCAGCCUGAAACUGAACGGCAUAAACUCAUUUUCUGCGCCAAAUUGGCUGGCGACAAUGGCUUCACCAUUUUUCGCAGCAGCGGCAGAGAAGAUCGGGCCGGCCCUCCGGCGUCAAGCCCUGACGUUGACCGAUGCCGCCGCCGCCAGAAUACGUUAUCUGCUGGAGCAGCGCCGCCGCCCUUUCCUCAGGCUUGGCGUGAAGGCUCGCGGCUGCAACGGCUUAUCCUACACCCUCAACUACGCAGAUGAGAAAGGUAAGUUUGACGAGCUGGUCGAGGACAAGGGUGUAAAGAUACUUAUUGACCCAAAGGCCCUCAUGCAUGUCAUUGGUACAAAGAUGGAUUUUGUUGAUGACAAACUCAGGUCUGAAUUCAUAUUUAUCAAUCCAAACUCUAGAGGGCAGUGCGGUUGCGGUGAAUCUUUCAUGACAACAGCAAGUACGGGAGCUGCUAAACAGGGAGGUGGUUAACGUACUUGUAACGGAUUGCAAGAAUUUUUGUUGUCCAACUGGCCAAGUGAAAUACAUCUGAGAAUCAGUCGACUGACUGGACCAGUCAAGAUUGACAAAGAUUAAUGAAAGCUCUAGGCAUGUCUGGUGAGCUUCAUAGAGACGAGGGCUGACAUUAGCUGCUUCAAUAUCAUCUUCCUUCUCUGAAUUUUUGGCAUUAUUAAUAUGGUACCCUAGAAAAGGUUACAAUGUUUAUUUGUUUGAUGCAAUUAGUGAUCUUGGUAAAUUGAAUUUAUUUAUUUAUUCUUUUUAGGGGGCCAUGAUCUUGUGGUCUGCAACAUCUUAAAAGCUGCUGUUCCAUGAAAGUAAAGAAAUGGGAAUUCAACUC